ACUUCUAGUGGUCUCGCCUGGAGGCAAAAGGGAAGAGGACAGAGAGGCCCUGCCAUAUCCCGCUGCCUCCUUGGUCUCUAGAGACACCAGAACUCUCCUAGACCUAACAGCAGGACAGCCAGACAGACAGCACAAAAUGGCAAUGAACAGACAGAUCCAGGCUACCUGCCUCCUGCUCCUCCUCCUGACCAGCCUGACCAGCGCCUCAGUUCUCUCGCGCCAGACAACACAGCUUGCGGACCUCCAGACCCAGGACACAGCUGGAGCCGCUGCUGGAGCCACGGCUGGCUUGACGCCUGGGCUCCAGAGGCUGAGGAGGCGAGACACCCACUUCCCCAUCUGCAUCUACUGUUGUGGCUGCUGUUACAAAUCAAAGUGUGGGCUCUGCUGCAAGACAUAGAGCGUCCCCGCCCCUCCUCUCCCUCCCUUAUUUAUUCCUGCCGCCUUCCAGCACAAAGUGAAUGGGCUCGGAAUAAAAUGGCUGGUUCUAACUUGUUUUCCAAACAA